AUGUGCCGGCCAGCGCUCGCCCGGCUGCUGCUCCUCCAGCUGCUGCUGCUGAAGCUGCACCUCGGCAAAGGCGCCGUCAAGGAGUGCGAGGAGGACCAGUUCCAGUGCCGGAACGAGCGGUGCAUCCCCGCCAUCUGGAAGUGCGACGAGGACGACGACUGCUCCGAUAACAGCGACGAGGCGGAUUGCCCAAAGAAAACUUGUGCUGAGUCGGAUUUCACUUGUGACAACGGCCACUGCAUCCCAGCCAGAUGGAAAUGUGAUGGUGAAGAAGAAUGUCCUGAUGGGUCAGAUGAAUCAGAAGCAGCGUGCACCAAGCAAGUAUGUCCAGCUGAAAAAAUUAGCUGUGGAGACUCAAGCAACAAAUGUAUCCCGUCAUCCUGGAGAUGUGAUGGGCAGAAGGAUUGUGAAAGUGGUAUUGAUGAGUCUGGUUGCACUCCUGCCUGUUCUCCCAAUGAGUUCCAGUGCAGUAACAAAUCGUGCAUCUCCAUCAUCUUCGUGUGUGAUGGUGACAAUGACUGCGGAGAUGGCAGCGAUGAAAGAAAAUGCUCCCCUCUGACCUGCAACCCCAAUGAGUUCCAGUGCAACAACAGCAUGUGCAUCCCAGAGCUGUGGGUCUGCGAUAACCAGCCGGACUGUGAGGAUCAGUCGGACGAAUCCAUAGAGAAGUGUGGCUACGAUGCCAAGGCUCUCAACACCUGCGCAGCUCAUGAGUUCCAGUGCGACAAUGGCGAAUGCAUCCACCUGAACUGGAAGUGCGAUGGGGACGAAGACUGCAAGGACAAGUCUGAUGAGCAGGAUUGCCCUCUGGUGACCUGCCAGCCGGAUGAAUUCCAGUGUGGCGAUGGGACCUGUAUCCAUGGAGCAAAGCAAUGUGACAAGGUGCAUGACUGUCCUGACAACAGCGACGAGGCAGGCUGUGUCCAAGGUAUUAAUGAAUGCUCUAUGAACAACGGUGGUUGCUCACACAUAUGCAAAGACUUGAAGAUUGGUUAUGAAUGUGAAUGCCCACCCGGAUACAAGCUUCUGGAUAAAAAAACGUGUGGAGACAUAGAUGAAUGUGAGAAUCCAGACGCUUGUAGCCAGAUCUGCAUUAAUUACAAGGGGGAUUACAAAUGCGAGUGCUACGAGGGAUAUGAGAUGGACACCCUGUCCAAGAACUGCAAAGCUGUAGGCAAGAGUCCAUACCUGAUCUUCACCAAUCGCCAUGAGGUCCGUAAGAUAGACCUGGUGAAAAGGGACUACUCUCGCAUCAUUCCCAUGCUGAAGAAUGUCGUGGCGCUGGACGUGGAGGUGGCAACAAACAGAAUAUAUUGGUGUGAUUUGUUCUACCGAAAAAUCUACAGUGCCUACAUAGACAAAGCGAGUGACACAGCUGAGCAGGUGAUUUUGAUAGACAGCCAGCUGAACUCUCCUGAAGGAUUGGCGAUAGACUGGGUUCAUAAGAAUAUCUACUGGACAGACUCCGGAAACAAGACCAUCUCAGUGGCCACUGCAGAUGGAAGCAGGAGGAGGACACUCUUCAACAGUGACCUCAGUGAGCCAAGAGCCAUUGCUGUUGAUCCCACACGGAGGUUCAUGUACUGGUCUGACUGGGGAGACAAAGCUAAAAUCGAGAAAGCUGGCCUGAAUGGCGUGGGGCGACAAGUGCUGGUGACUGACAACAUUGAGUGGCCAAAUGGCAUCACACUUGAUUUGCUGAAUCAGCGUCUCUACUGGGUAGACUCCAAAUUGCAUUCACUGUCCUGCAUUGAUUUCAAUGGCAGCAACAGAAAAGUUCUGAUCUCGUCUGUUGAUGAUCUGAGCCAUCCUUUCGGAUUAGCAGUGUUUGAGGACAGAGUGUUCUGGACUGACCUGGAGAAUGAAGCAAUCUUCAGCGCAAACAGGCUGAAUGGCUUGGACAUCUCCAUUUUGGCAGAAAAUCUCAAUAAUCCUCAUGACAUCGUGGUAUUUCAUGAAUUAAAGCAGCCCAAAGCUCCAGACGCCUGUGAGCUCAGCCCCCAACCAAAUGGAGGCUGCGAGUAUUUGUGUCUUCCUGCACCUCAGAUCUCUCCCCAUUCUCCCAAGUAUACAUGUGCCUGUCCUGACAAUAUGUGGCUGGGUCCUGACAUGAAAAAAUGCUACAAAGAGCUUCCAACUACUUCAACUACUGUACUGGUUUCUACAACCGCAGCAUCCCGUACUGCCGGUACCACAACCAUCACAACCGUAAUUGGCAGUGCCAAUAACACCACUGAAGUCGUCCCCAAAGCUGUAUCAGAAGCUACGAUUACCACCCCAGGUUUUCAUUUACCUUCCACCACAUCCAUCCUUAUAGAUUCUGAGAUGACCACUGGAAACAGCAAUUUAUCACAGCACUAUGCAAAUAAUGACCAAGGCUUUGAUUCAACUGUGACAGCAGCUGUUAUUGGAAUUGUCAUUCCUGUCGUGGUCAUUGGCUUGCUGUGUAUGGGGGGAUACCUCAUCUGGAGAAACUGGAAACGGAAGAAUACAAAAAGCAUGAAUUUUGAUAAUCCAGUGUACAGGAAGACAACAGAAGAGGAAGAUGAAGAUGAAAUCCACAUCGGGCGGACUGCCCAAAUUGGACAUGUCUACCCAGCACGUGUAGCAUUAAGCUUAGAAGAUGACGGGUUGCCAUAA